CUGAAGGAGAAGGCGUGCCGUGUGCCAAAUCAGAUGCUAGCGGGACAGUACGUGCCUACAGCGGUGUUUAACAGGGUCGCCUACUGAACACUAAAUACGUCAUGGUUCGAGCGGGUGGCAUCUUGAAGCUGGUCGCCGUGGUUUCAGUGUUCAUCCUGGCUGUAUUUCUGGCCUUUGAGCUGCUAGAAAUCAACAUGGACUUCAAUUUGGGGAACAUGUUUGCCAGGUCCAUGUCGGCGGAGGAACACGCAACCCAGAGGCCGGUCAGGUUUAAGUGUGGCGUGUCUAAACAGUGUCCCUCCAACCACUUCUCCUUCAAGAUGGCCAGCGGGGCAGCCAGUGUGGUGGGACCCAAGAUCUGCCUGGAAGACAACAUCCUGAUGAGUGGAGUGAAGAACAACGUGGGACGAGGGAUGAACAUCGCUCUGGUGAAUGGGAAGAGUGGACAGCUGCUCAAGACCGACUUCUUUGACCUGUGGGCCGGAGAGGUGGCUCCUGUCAUUAAGCUCCUGAAGGAAAUCGAGUUGGGAACCAUUGUCUUCAUGGCCACAUUUGAUGAUUCAGCCACAAAGUUGAAUGAUGAGGCGAAGGCCCUGAUCUCAGAGCUGGGCAGUACAAGCAUCAACAACCUGGGCUUCAGAGACAACUGGAUCUUCGUGGGAGGGAAGGGCAUCAAGACAAAGAGCCCCUUCGAGCAGUACAUCAAGAACAGCGCGGAGAGCAACAAGUACGAGGGCUGGCCGGAGGUUCUGGAGAUGGAGGGCUGCAUACCCCAAAGACAGGACUAACCUCAGGACUAACCUCCCCCAACUGUGACCUAUAACCCCCCAUCCCCCCGCUCUGUCACUACACCACCCUGCCUGACGCCACUUCCUGGAUGCACCUGGAGGACAUUCCUGGUCUCUGAGCAUCUACGAGCUCCAGGAGACUAAACAUGAUGUAACCUGACCCCAUCAGCCCCCCCCCUGCUCUCUCCCAUGCAGAUGAAGGGAUGAGGACCAUAGUCCCCGGCCCCUCCCCCAGCCCCCACCCUCCUGAGGUCAGAAGCCUCCUGAUCAGGUGAAGGCCUCCAGCAGCAGGAAAUAUCCCAGAAGCUUCUGAUCUUCAGCUCACCGUUCCUUUUGCAGCUCCCCAAACGUGUCAUCGGAUGUUUCUGUGUUCGUGGAUGAAGACAGUCUUCUGGUGUGGGUCACCAAAUGAUCCCAAAUCACUGUGAACUUUCUGCAUGGCUUCUUGGAAGAGGGAGUCAGAUUUAAAAGAUUUAAAAUGGUUCAUUAUUUCAUUUUGAAGGUCUAUAUUUUUGGUAUUGUUUCACAUGAUGAAAUCAUAAAUUUGAAAGCUGUAGUUGGUGAUUUCCUCAUGGCUUAAUGUAUGUAUAUUGAUAGAUUAUUGUGGGUGUUUAGUUUUUUAAAUAAUUUGUAAAGGGGAUGUGUUUUGUUUGUUUUUGAAGUGUGCGUGCAGAGGAACCCUAGCAUCGUCUUCCAGCCUCUAGACAGAGCUUUGUAGCUCACGGUAGCCCAACGACCCACAAUCCUUUGCACCUAUCAGAGCAGACUGGAAGUGUCCUGGUAGGUAGUGUCACCACAGAGACAGAAGCUGCUCCCUGUCAUCAGAGCAAAUACUAUAUAUACACCAGCUCAUCUGGUUCACCUGGUAGCUGUACCCUCCUCCUCCCUCCCUCCUUCCCUCUCUCUCUGUCUCCCUCCCUCCCUCUCUGUCUCCCUCUCACUUUCUUUCCUAGUUCUCGAGAACUUCAACAUUAAAGCAUUCCAGCCCCGGGAGGUUCUGACCUUGGACUCAAUGACGGGUCGUUAUCUGGACCUUGUCAUUAUCAAGCCUGUUUACUUAACUGCCUUCCUACCAAGGACCCUAUGAUGUGUGUGUGUGUCUGGUUGUGUGUGUGUCUGGUUGUGUGUGUGCAGUGGACCCAGGCUGACGGCCACUCAGACAGGAUGCACCGUCUCUGUUUCCUCCUCCACCUGCCCUGCAGACGUAGGGUGAGUCUCAAACCUGCUGGGUGACAUUCUUGACUGAUGACUGUGCUGAGGGAGACAGAAGGGCCUGUUCUGGAAUCAAACCAGCCCCAAUUUGUGCCUUUCCAGAGAGUUGUUUUAAAAUCGUCAACUUUACCUGCUGUAACUGUUUGUACCUUCUGAGCGUAAUAUGUUUUUCUCAUGGUGCCGUUUGUGUAAUACUAUAUCAAUGUUGAAAAUUUAAAUUAUCAUUAUAUUAUUGAGAUUAAUAAAGCACAUUGUCUGUAA